AUGCCUCUCUCUAGGAGAGCCUUCGUUGCCGACGAGGAGCUUGGGAAGAAAGACGACGAUCGCCGACCUGUUCCUGGCCGGGUGAAAGCUCCAUCUCUUCCAACAUGGAGAUUCCCUCGACGGCGGCGAUUAUUGCUAAUCCUCAUUGGCGUCUACCUGCUGUAUCUUUUCUUCAAGCAUAUGCCAACCGACCUCCCACCCGCCAUAGAGCGAUAUGACCCUCGAUUCGCGACUGGACAGAGCGGCUGGUCCACCCAAUCUCCAGGGUCGGCUGGGCGCCCACCACCGAGAGACAAGGACGCAGUGAGUGAUGCGGAGAAAUACUAUUACAAUGGGCCGGUCAGAUACCCUCAUCUCGCGCAGUCUCUUUACCGUGCGCGACAGUCGUUGCGCCAUCCGGAAGAUAAUAGCGGGGUGCUCUUCGCGGCUUCCGACCUACAAAGCGUUGCAGACCUCAUACCUCUGGCCUGCGAGAUGGCUCGCCAACGGAUAAAUACGGUUCAUUUUGCAUUGAUGGGACGGGAUGAGGUGUCGAUCGAGGGUAUACAACGCGUGAAUGGCAUUAGCGACGAGAACUGUCCGCUGUAUUGGCAUGAUUAUGCGACGUGGUCUACGGAUAUCCGAAUGGAGGUUUCUGUUAUGGCAGGCUUGGACUACAUGAGAGCAUUUUUGAAUCCGAAGGUCGUCAUAGCCCAUGACGGGUCUCGGGACGACUCUUUUUUCUGGAAAGGUGUCAAGCAAAAGACAGAACAGAGAGGAAUGUCUCUCAUUGCCCUUUCCGUCAGAGCUAGAGAUCUUAUGUGGAUAUCUAACCUAGACAGCAAUUCUCUCAAAGCUUGGGAUAAAGUUCAUGUUGAAAUGCUCGUUCAUGCGCCAUCGGAGUCUUCUGGGUCUCUAAUUAGACUGCUGAAGUCUCUCGAGAAGGCUGACUACUUGGGUUCUACUCCCGCUUUGACCAUUGAAUUGCCGCCCCGUACAGAUCCACUUUUACUUGAUUUCCUUAAGAGUAUGCAUUGGCCAAGCCGGUCCUCAGAAAGCAUAAGGCUUCGUCGCCAUGUCCAACCUCAUCGCAUAACGCCAGAAGAAUCCUCUGUCCGAACAGUCGAAUCCUUCUACCCUAGGGAUCCAAGCAUGAACCACGUGCUCGUUCUCUCUCCGCAGACGGAGCUAUCCCCAUCCUUUUUCCAUUAUCUGAAAUAUACCAUUUUGAAGUACCGAUACUCGACCCAUGCCGUGAACGAAUCUUCUCAACUACUUGGCAUCUCCCUCGAGCUGCCAUCUUCGAAACCUACUGCUGAAAGCGGCCCAUUGAUCGUGCCUUCUUCAUCCUCUGAUAUACCCUUUUUCCGCUGGCAAAUGCCAAACAGUAAUGCAGCAUUGUAUUUUGGGGAUAAGUGGGCCGAAUUUUAUUCGUUUCUGUCAAAUCGUCUCAUGGCCCGCCGCUCUUCAGAUGACGUGUCGCGGACGAAAAUGAUUUCGAAGAAAUUCCCGGCGUUUAUGGAAAAUCUGCUGGAGUUGAUUCGAGCCCGAGGAUAUUAUAUGCUCUACCCGUCCUUUCCAGCCACGCAGGCCUUCUCUCUGGUAACGGUUCAUAAUGAUCUUUACCAGCCUCCAGAGGAGUUUAUCUUUCACGAUUCGCAAGACUCCGAACAAAACGACGCCGCUCUUAACGAUAUAGAGCAGAAACUUACCGAGGACACAGUCUUGGAACUUGGUUCCAUUGAGCGGCCUUUGUCUCAAGCGUCCACUCUGACCACUCUCCUGCAUAAGCUCCCGCAGCACCUUCCGGACCUGAGUUCUCUGCCGCUUUUGUCCUACAAUGGGGAGAAGCUAUCCAACCAGGAAGCUGAACGCGAAGCCCGGGAAUACGCAAGGACGUUCAGUGCAGAUAUCGGUGGAUGUCGAGAACUCCCUCCAAAAGGCGAGGGUGAAAAGGGUCUAUGGAGUGUCGAGGAUAUUUUUUGCUUGGGCGAUUGA